AAUCAAAAGUGGCAACACUGUAACUGGCUUCACUUGACUCUUGCUGUCGCCUGUCAGUAUUGUUGUCUCUCUUCGUAAAAUUCGUUGAAGCGUGUAUAUAUUUUGUUUGGAAGUGUUUUCUAAUGUGUGUAUAACAGUUUUAGUUAACGGUCAAAAAUUGCUGUCGAGAUAUAAAUCACAUCAGAUAAGUAUACAAAUUUUACAAUGGUGUUAAUUAUCUUGUUUGCAAGAUAAAUUAAAGCAGUAUCUAUCUUGACACUAUGUAAAGUUUAUUGAUUUAACUUAUAUAUUAUUAUUUUAUAUUCUGUAUUUGAAUAACUUCAAAAUGGCUCGCAAAGGUAAAAAGUCGGUUAAAAAUGAGAAGAAAUUAAACUCUUCCGUUAUAAAUACCAAAAAAGGAGGAAAAGUCAUAAAAAAGCAAACAGAAAACAAUUCUAAGAAAAAAGUUUUGAAUGACAAAGUAAAAUGCCCUAAGUGUUCAAAAUUCAUCUCAAAUAUUAGCAAAAGUAACAGUGUUCUUUGUGCGGCAUGUUUGAAAAAAGAGGUGAUUUCUUCUGAGAAAACUAAGAGAAAUAUUGCUAAAAGCAAACAUACAUUGACACCAAAUCUUAAACAGUCUACUCAAGUAAGAGAACCAUCUAGAAGAAGCAAGAGUUCAUCCAAUUUAAUUAAUAACGAUGAACCAAAACCUAACCUCAAAUCAUCUAGGAUAAAAACAUCUCAGAAAUCUCCUAAAGCUAUUAAAAUACAAGCAAGUUCUACAAGUAAAAGAAAAGGUUCAGAUGUAAUAGAAAAGCCAGAAAAUAAAAGGCGUGUUGCUAACGUAUCAAAAACAUCUCCUAAACCAUCAAAACUGGACAAGAAGGAGUCUUUAGUUUCAAACACUAAAAAAACUGGAAAUAACAUGAGUUUAAGAGGUAGAAAGAGGAGUUAUGCUCAGUUGGCAAGUGGUAUUAAAAUAGAAGAUGAAAAUGAAACAAAAAAGAGAAAAAAUUCUGAUGUUAAUAAGGGAAUAGUAAAACGAAAUAGCAGAAACAAAAAACCCACAGUAAAGGGAUCAGAGUGGUUAAAUACAAUUCAUUCAAAGAAAUCCAUCAGCCCUAAGCAAGAUAAAAUUAAGAAAAGUACGAUACAGCCACCUGUUAAAAGUAAAUCGCCAAAAUCUAAAACUAUUUCUCCAGUGAAAGGAAGGAAAACUCAGUCUCCUAAAUCUUUGUCAGCAAACACGAAAGUAAACACAAGCCGAAGAAUAAACGUAUCUCAAAUUUCAAAAAGAAAAAGCUUGGCAGUGAAUAAUACAUUAAAAAACAAAGAACCACCAAAACCAACAAAUUUAAAAAAUAAAUCUCCAAAAGCUACCACCUCGACCAAACGAGCUUCAGCAGUUAAUUUAUCUCAAUCACCAAGAAACAAAUUUACAAAUCGCCGCAGUAGAAAACAAAAUGAAAAAACAACACUUUUAAAAGAGUGUAAUAAAACAUUAAAAACAAAAAAAAUUGGCAAGCUGUCUGAUUCCUUGAUUGAAGAAAGUGAUAUUUGUUUGAAUGAUGAAAGUAGGGAAACGAAGGAGAGUGUUCUUGUUGUACAAGAUAUUUUGCAUGAAAUACUUAAUUCUGUACAUUGCCCUGUAAAUUCUGAUCUUACAUCAGGAAAAGAAAGUAUGCUUGACACAGUUGAAAUUGGAGAUGUUAAAUAUUCGACUGUUAUGGAUGAUAAUAGAAUCAGGCAUCCCAGUAAUACAAGUCAGCUAGAAAAUAAUGGCAGUGAUCAAGCUCAAGAACGUAUUCAGAGUAGAUGUAGUUCAAACUCGGUUGAUAGUGGUGAGCAACCAAGAAAUCCCAUCAUUGAAAUUGUAAGAGAAGAUUCAAGCAGAGGUUCUAUCACUAAUUCUGCUAUAGAAAAUAUAAUGAAAACUGACAUAGAAAUCAAGGAUGGAGGAAUUGGCCAAAAAUUAAAUAAUACUAAUGAAGGUGGAAAUGUAGAUACAAGUAUAUCUUGCAAUACUACAUUGAAAAGUGAUGAAUUUAUAACAAAAACUGAUACCACACACUGUAGUAAUAUUUUUUCAAACAAAAGUUCAAUAAAUAAUGAAGUUUCCUCAGAUAAUAGUAGUAACGUUUUACUAGAAAUAGAAGGAAACAGUUUAAACUGUCUCAAGAAUAAUACUGAAGUAGAUAAUGACACAAAUUCUAGUAGUAAUAUUGAAACAAAUUGCAAAAGUGCAUCAAAGAAUGAUUCUGUUAGUACUGAUGAAUAUCUAGCACAAAACACAAAUACUAAUGAACCUAUGAAAAAUGAAAUUAAGGUGGGAGAUAGCCUAGUAAAUGAAUCCAUGUGUGGUGAAAAAAGUUGUUCAGAAAUAGCAAAUAAUUUACAAACUAACUUAUGUCAAAAAGACAGUGUAAUGAACGGAAAUAGUAGUAAAAACUCUUCAGAAGACAUUAAAGUUGACAUAACUAAUUGUGUAGAGGAUGUUAAUCAAGAAAAUGAUAAUACCAUUAAACAAAAUUCUCUCCAAGAACAGUCUGAUUAUUCAACUCAAGCAAUAGAUAAACAAUUGGAAAUAGAUCAAAAUGAAAUAGGUGAAACUUUAACCAAUGUUCCAGUUAACAAAUCUACAGACCAAAGUGAUCUUAAAGAAGGCAAUAAUGUUUCAGUUACUGAAGAAGUGCAGAGUGACAUGGAUUGUGGUUAUGAGAACAAUCUCAAGAACUCAGAGGAUAAAAAAUAUUUGAAAGAAGACAUAAUUGACACACCUAUAAAUCUUAGAGAACAAUCGAUUGAUGUAAAACCUAUGGAAGAAAUAAAAAAUGCAGUAACAUCUCGUAAGGAAGAGCCUUUUGAAGGAAGUAAUGUAAUGGAGACCAAUUGUAAAGAAAACUCAAAUAAAAUUAGGGAAGAUGAAAAUAAUUUAGAGACUCCUGCAGAUCAGAAGUUAGAAGAGAUAAACCAGUUAAAUGAAAAUGUAACAUCUCCUAAGGAAGAGCCUGUUGAAGAAAGUAAUGUAAUAAAGACCAGUAUUAAAGAAAACUCAAAUAAAAUUAAGGAAGAUGAAAAUAAUGUAGAGACUCAUGAAGGUCAGAAGUUAGCAGAGAUAAACGAGUUAGAUGAAAAUGUAACACCUCCUAAAGAAGAGCCUGUUGAAGAAAGUAAUGUAAUAGAGACCCAUAGUAAAGAAAACUCAAAUAAAAUUAAAGAAGAUGAGAAUGAUUUAGAGACUCCUGCAGAUCAGAAGUUAGAAAAGAUAAACCAGUUAGAUGAAAAUAAAAGUAAUGAGAAAAAUGAUACCAAUUUUACUGAGGAAGAAAAGGGCUCUAAUCAAGAAAAUAAUAUAGUUGUGGAUAUUACAGCCAACAAAACAAUUUCGUCUGUUGAUGCACAAACAAAUUUGGAGAAAAAUUCACUUGAAUCUUCUGAAGAAAAGCACAUUGAGGAAAGUAAUGAUAUACUUAAAGACCAAAACUGUGUCAGUUCUAAAUUCAAUAAUUGUGGCAAACAAUCCAAUAUUUUAGAAGUUUUCAAUGAAAAGUGCUUCAAUAAAGAAAACGGUUUGAAUUUAGAAACAAAUUUUCCUAGUACAACUUCGAUCGACAGUGAGUGUGUAAAUGAACAUCAAGUGGAAGGUAUGCAUGAUAGCAAAAUAACUGUGAAAGAAAUUAAUGCAUCUGAAGUUACUGAAGAAAAAAUAUGUAACUCUCCUAAAAAUAAGUGUGAAAAUGAAAAAGGUAAACAAAUUAAUUUAAUUCAUGAAAAAUUAACUACAGAAGUAUCUUUACAUAACAUGUCACAUAGUAAUGACCAAUCCAAAGCUGAUAAAACUGAACACAAUUUAGAAAAUACAGAACAGGAUACAUCAAAACAAGAAAUUUUAGAUGAUGCUUCGCUUUUAAAAUGUAAUAAGGGUUUAUCGAAUAAUGUUGAAAGGCUUGUAAGUAACAACAAAGACACAGAAAUGGUUGUUUGUGAAAAUGAUACAAAAGGCAACGUAUCUGAUGUUCAUAAGAAUUGUGUUGUAGUUGCAGAGAAUACAUCAACAUUAAACAUUAGCAUUGAAAGUAAAGAAAACCAGAAUGAUCCGUACUUGACAGAAAAUAAAUCUGACCUUGUUUGUUGUUCUAAAGAAAUUUUACCAAGUGGUGAUGUAAACAAAAGUAAACUUGAACAAGGCGCCUUAUCUGAAGUAGCUGAACACACCAUAUCUGAAACUACUAAACAAACUACAUCCGAAACUAAUGAACAGACAAUAUCAGAACCUAAUGAACAGUCUGUAUCUGAAACUACUGAACGGAAUGUUUCUGAUAUUAACGAACACACUGAAAAUUUAGAUGAAGUAGAGCAAAAUCAGUUAUCAGACACUAGUAUUACUGACUCUCCCACAAGCGUUAAAGAACAAAUCCCAUUUGAGAAAUCAGCUUCUGAAGAAGUUGUACAAACUAGUGAAGAAAUGGAUAUUCAAUUAUCCAUCUCAAAUAUUUCAAAAAAGGCAGAUUCCACUAUAUUGCAAUCUGGAUUAUCUGAUCAAGAAAUUAAAAUUUGUCAAGAACAAAAUAAAGAAAUUCAACCAGAUUCUAGUAGCCAAGCAAACGUCGAAUUUAGUGAAAUUACAUCUGAGAAAGGACAAAGUCAUGAAGAAAAGAGUACUCUGUCUAAAUCACAGUUAGGCGUGACAGCGGAACCAGAUCUUGUAAGAGUCGAACAGUUUGUUAAGGAAGGGAAUGUUAUACUAAACAAAUCUGAUAUAACCAAUAUUGAAGAAUCAGCCAAGUGUGAGGUGGUUUCAAAGUCAGAAGGAUUGUUCCCUGAGGAAACUAUCACCGUUGCAAAAGAAAAAGAGGAAAUCAGAGAAAAUAAUAGUUAUGAUGUAUUAUCUGAGAACGAUAAUUCUAAAUUUGUAAGCAGUAAAGACACAGAUAUUAGUUUAGUUGACAAAACAGUGGAUAAUGCUAGCCUUAUUGUUGUACAGCACGCAGAGCACAAAUUACCUGUUGUACAGCACCCAGAGCACAAAUUACCUGAGUUGGACAAAAAUCAUCAAUCUGAAAAUAAUACAAGUAGUGAACAUAUAAAUACAUCUGUUUCAACAAAUGUUUGUGAAGCGGAAGAAGAAACCCAUUCUAGUACAGAUAAAACAUUCUCAGACACAACUGUAAGUGGCACACAGAAAGAUGAGGAAAUGUUAGUUGAUGAUCAGACAAUCCUUGAUCAAAGUAAUAUAAGUGCCAAUUGUAGUACAAAAUUUAUUAGUGAGGAAAUUCAAAAUGAAAAUUUAGUAUCAUCGUCUAAUGAUGACUUUAACUCUGCCUCAGAAAAUCACAUUGAUAUCGAUAUUGAAAACUGCAGAAGUGAUCAGGUGUCAUCAAAAAUGGAUGAAUUAACUAACGAUUCAAUCAGUGUAGACGAUGUGGAAGGAGAAAGUAUGCAGUGCAACUCGGAAACUCACAGUAGCAACAGAAUGAGUGUUGAUGAAGACAAUGUUAUUAUGGAUCUUGAUCCUGAUGAUACUACUGGUGAAGUUGAUGUAUGUCCUCCAACAUUUGAAACCAAAUUGAGAAAUGAGCUGAACAUGGAAGUGAGUUAAGUAAUUUUUAAAUCUAUAAACAAUGCAUGAUUAAAACCGUAGAUUUUUUACAUCUGUGAAUUUUACAAACAUAUAGUGAACAAUGUGGUUGUAUUAAGAUAGUUCUUAUUCAAGAUAAUGUAUGUACUAACUUGUGUUCUGUGUUAGAGUUAUUUAAGUAGUUCACUUUCUGUUAUAAGAAAAUGAAUGGACUGUAUAUUUUGUGAAUUCAAUGUAUUUUCUAGAGUUUAAGUAAUUUCCUAUUUUGGACAUGUUAAAUAUUACUAAACUCUAUUGAGACUACUUUAUAGCCUAAGUGUUUUUAACAAUGUACAAAUUAAUUAUGAUACAUUUUCACUCAGGUAUGUAAAUAAGAUAAGAAGUCGAUUAUUUAUAUAUGCUACAUACAAGGAAAUAGUUUUCAAGAUCUGUAAGAACUCAAUAGUAAAAACUUAAUCUUAAUUUCUCAAGAAAGCAAAACAUUUUCAACAUAAUGGUAUUGAUGCCUUAAAUUUAAAUAUAAUGAGUGUAAUAACCAAAAGUCUGUUGUAACCAUAUUCUAGUAUUAAACAAAUAAUUUAAUUAUAUUUUUGGAUAGUCAAUAUAAUAAGUUCUUUGUUUGUAGUUUGUUUUUUCUUACAUAAAACUGUCACAUUUUACUAAAAGGUAUCUUGCACAAUAAAAAGAAAGGUUUAUUAAGUUUACAACAAGAUAAUAUAUUGGUUUAGUUAAAUCCAUAAUUGUACAUGAAUACUUUAUAGACACUGCAGUUUUAAGUUGAUCCACUAUUAAGUUUUUAAAUAAAAAAUUUAAAUUUUUUGAGAAAAAGAAACUGUGAAAAUUACACAUUUUUUUAAAAUUAUUACUUUUUAAGCCUUACUAUUAUUAGCAAAAAUAUAGUAAUUUAAGACCAUAAAACAUGAAAUAAGGAUUUUUAUGAAAUAAUAAUGAAUAAUAAGUAACAUGAGUAUAUAUCGUAAAUAAGUGUAACAGAAUUGGUAUGUAUAAAACCUUUUUUGGCAUAGAUGAUCUUUUUCAUAGCUGUUUCAUUAAUGCAAAUGAAAAAUUGAUACAAUUAUAGGUGUUGGGAAGAAAUAGUGCCAACCAUAAUUUUUUAAGUAUUGAUAUAUUCCAAAUUUAAAGUUUAGCUAAAUCCAUAAAACAUGAUAUUGGUAAAUAAAUUAAGUUUAGUUAAAAAGUAUUUAGGUUAAGUAUAUUUUAUGUACUAUUCCACCUAGAUAACCUUUUAAAAUGCAGUAUGAUCUGUUUUAUAUUCCUAAUUUUGUAAUAUAAAAUUCCUAAUUUCAGUAUAAAACAUGAAAAAAGAUAGUUGGCAUUUUAUUUCCUGAAAUAAAGAUACUGUAAUUUUUCAACAGUCUAAAGGUAAAUAAAAGCCAACUAACAAGAGAGCUAGUAUGGGGAAUCAUAGUACCAAGCAUCAAAACACUUUUUCAAUAACGUAAGUGUAAACAAGAUCGUUCAACUUGGUUUAUAUCUCAAAUUACACUAUCUUUAUUGUUUUAGCAUUUAAUUUUGUGUUAACAUAUCUUGGUAAACGUGUUUUGGCUCCUACAGAGCAAUCUAGUGGAAAUUUUAGAAACAUGAAUCCAUGGCUGUCUUUAUGAACCAUAUUGGCUGUUAAGUUAAGCAAAAAAUGAUGGUUGGCACUUUUUCCCCCGAUCUCCUUCAGUUGGUUUCUUUACAAAAUGUUAUAGGUAAAUUAUUGUGAAAAUACUAAUGUGAUCUGGUAAUGCUAAGUAAUAAUUAUAACAUAAUUCAUGUAUGGCAGUUGUAGGUAGGUAUAUUUUAAGUCCUUUUUGAAAGUGUGCUAUUUUUUUUUAAUUUCUUAAAUACUUCCAUUUUAUCUUAGAGCUACUGCUAUUCAUUUCCUUUUAUUCUUUUCAUGAUUUAAUUCAGAUAAUUAAAGUUAGCCAUUUUUGUGCAUAAUUUGGUGCAAGCGAAAGUCCCAUAUGGUAUAAUAGCUAUUAUUUGGUGCUGAUAUACAAAAGUAGUGCCAAACUAGAACUUGCUACAGUAAAGAUAUUUUGUCAGUCAAGUUACAUUGUUAUAUUAAUUUUAGCUUUAUUGUAUGUCUGAUAAACAGGAAUGACAAUGUGAGAAGGCACAAGAGUUCAGUUGUCUAUAUUUAUUAAUGUAAUAUAUUGUGUAUUUAUUAUCUCUUUAUAGCGCUCAAAAAUGUAUUCACUGUAUUAGUUUAACUAUCUUCUAUAUGAGAAUUAUGUAUGUAUUCUAUAUUACUGUGAUUUCAUUGUAUUUUCUGGAUACAAAGUAUUUUAUAUUUCUAAAGAUGAUCGUUUCAUCUUUGUUUCAGAUGAUAUUAAUAUAUAAUUGGUCAAGAGACUUGUUUUCUAUGCAGUUACUGAACAAUAUAUUCACUGUUUUUAACUAGUCAGAAAAAAAUAGGAAAUGAUGGAAGUUAAUCAAAUUAUUCUUUAAGUAAACUGUAAUGAAGAUUUUAUUGGGCAGAAACCCAUUUUUAAACAUAGAUAUUUAGUUUCAAAACAAAAUAUUAAACAAAUUACAAUAAUAAGUUGUGAUACUAUCUGUACAAAUAAUUUGGCUCUAAGUUUAAAAUGUUCAAAGCUAUACAUAAUGUUGAGUGCAUGGUUACUACUGUAUUCAGCAUGACAACUAAAAACAUGAUAGAGUAUUAUGAGAAUUAAUUACUUUCAAAGAAGUUAUAUAACAGCUCUCUAAACAAUUUUAAAUUACUAUAUUUUAAGCAACACAUCAAUAUUAUCUGACUUCUAGAAUGUGUAAAAAUUACAACAGCAGAUGAAAUUCUUAGUCCAAUGAGGAAGUAGGACUUCCUACCAAUCUCUUUCCAUAUUCCAUUUAUAGGAUAUUAGUGUUGUCUGUAAACACAUUGAUCAAUAACUUUAUUUGUUUGUAUUAAAUAAAUGUUAUUAAUUUGGUUGCUGAUUUACUACAAGAGUUUGUUUGGUUUUUGUGAACAUUACAAGUUAAGGGUUGUGAUCUUAUAAUUUCGUUUAAACUCUCGUGUUUUAAUUUUUUUAAGUAAUUACUGACAAUGUGUGAAUGUUAACAUUAGUAACAAACAAACAGCUGCUACUUGUGGUAGAUUCUUCUGUAUUAAAAUAAUGUUUAACUGAGUUUCUUGUAUGUAGCAAUUCUGAAGUAUAGAUUAUGGUAUAUUCUUUUUUAACUAUUUGAUGUACUGUAUUGUAUUAGUUCCUGUUUAUAAGCUUGAAAAUGAAAUGGGUGUACAUUGAAAGUAAAUUUUAUGUUAUAUUAUUGUUUAUGGUAAUAAACAUCUAGAGUAUACAAGUA